AUGGAUAUAGAAUAUGGAGAUGAUGAAAAAACAACUUUAUUGCCCUCGAACGGAAACGUUGGUCCAGGGAACGGAACAUAUGACACAAUUUCUUCACCUCAUGAAAAUGGAACAGCUUCUGCUUUACUACCAAAAACAGCGGAAGAGUUUUCUAUUCGAAGACUUAGCGGAAGAAAGAAGGUUGUUUUUAUUGUAAUUGGAAUGGUAAAUUUCUCUGCCUUCAUUUGCUUUUCUCUACUAGCUCCAUUUUUUCCAGGGGAGGCAAAGAAGAAAUCUGCAUCAGAAACAACAGUUGGAUUAAUAUUCAGUUGCUUUCAACUUAUUAUUUUUAUUACCUCCCCUAUAUUAGGAUUCUUUCUGACCAAGAUUGGAGCCAAGUUUAUGUUUAUAUCUGGUGUUUUUGUUUGUGGAUGCUGUUCUAUAUUAUUUGGAGUUUUAGAUAAGUGCCCACCAGGUGACAUAUUUAUAGCGAUGUGUUUUUUGUGCAGAACCAUUGAAGCUUUAGGAACUUCCAUGUUCAUCACAGCAAGUUUCGCAAUAAUGGCUUUUGAAUUCCCAAAUCAUGUCGCUACAGUUUUUGGUGCGUUGGAGACAUUUACUGGUUUAGGUUUGAUGCUUGGACCCCCUAUCGGUGGGGCUCUUUAUGAGCUCGGUGGAUAUGGUUUACCAUUUUGGGUACUUGGCAGUAUCUUGAUUACCUGUGGUACUGUGUCUUUGUUCUUAAUGCCUUCGCCGAAAGGUAAGUGUGAUUGGUUCAGAUCAAAUUCUGAAAGAUCAGUUUUAUCAUUACUAAGAAGUCCUUUGGUUGUCGUCACUGGAUUAGCAAUUUUUAGUGCUUCAUACUCUCUAGGUUUUAUGGAUCCAACCUUAGCCUCUCAUCUUGAUAAAUUUGAAUUAGGUUCUUUUUAUGUUGGAUUGAUAUUUCUAUGUACGCCGGGAAUGUAUGGUUUAACAGCACCGUUAUUUGGCUACAUCGGGGAUUCUAAGGGUUGGAUUGGAGGAAUGAUGAUGGUUGGCUCAAUAUCUUCAGCAUUGAUGUUUUUAUUACUCGGACCAGCACCCUUCUUUCCAUUUAUUCCAUAUGAACUUUGGUUGAUUAUUACCACUUUACUUAUAUUUGGUAUAACAGUUGGUGUAGCAUUUGUCACUUCCUUUAAGGCAAUUCUGAAUGGAGCCAAACAAUUGGGCUAUGAAGAAUCUUUAGAUACAUUUGGUAUGGUAAGUGGCUUAUAUAAUUCAGCAUACUCAUUGGGAGCGUUUGUUGGUCCCACAGUUGGUGGUAUUAUUACAGAUCAGUAUGGUUUUGGCUGGGCAGCAUGUCUCUCUUCUUUAAUCUUCAUUUUCACGGUAGGCUACGUCUUUUGA